AUGAAAAGUAAUCUCCUUUGUGUUGAUCACCUUCGAGAUUUUGGUAUAAUUGUGAAUGAUGUGUUCCUCCAACGUCUGAAAUGCGAAGAUCGCAAUCAAUAUUUGCAUUCCAUUAUUGAUGAAAACUUGGGAUUACAUAUCCCAAUUGACUUCCUGAAGCCUAUCAGCUUCUUUGCUUGUCGCAAACCUGCGCUGUCUGAACUUGAUGCAUAUGUCUCAGUGGAAAUGACCAGUUCCGUCCCUUGGGAACCUUAUGACCCGGAAUCCUCUCGCAUCGACCAAAAUCUACGAUGUGAAUAUCAAGGGGACAUUGCCACUCAACAAAUCUAUUCUGUUGACCGCUCUGAUCCCAACUACCGCUCUAUUUGCCCACUCGCUCUUCCUAUCGCUUUAGGGGACAGAGUUGAAGCGACCAUCAAUGGUGUUAAAACCAAUGGCAAGAGCUAUUUGGUCAAACCUGAACAACUUGCGCAAAGAUGGCGAAUCAGCCUUGAAUGUGCCCGUCGCACUCUCAAGAAAACAACCCAGCGACUAAAGUCGAAGGCUCAAGACGAUUUUGCCCCACUCAAUUCCAACUUGAAUAUCCUAGGAAAUAAGUAUGUUGCUGUCUAUGCUGCUGCCUGUCAAUGGGCCCGUGGCUACGCUUUGAAGAAAGAAUCUGAUUUGAGCAACUCGCUCAAGGAACUAUUUCGUGAUAUUGGCUUUCCAAGAGUUCUCCGACCUGAUGAUGCUCAAUCGUUGACUGCUGGAGAAUUUCGAAGAGUCGCAAAUAAGGCCCAGGUUCCAAUACAUCCUAGCGAGCCUUACAAUCCUGAUCAGAACCUUGCUGAAGAUUGUAUUCAUGAAGCAACAAAAAUGUAUGUUCGUUUGAUGACAAGAAGAGGGAUCCCAAAAGCGUUUUGGGAUCGAGUCUUUAUCUAUUGUUUGGAAUUAAGAAGUCACAUGGUUCUUGGUCACUCUCGACAAGGUGAUGACUGUGGUGCCGGUUGGAUCUCCGGUAAUACAAAAGAUAUCUCGCAUCUGGCUGAUUUUGGUAUCUAUGAUUGGUGUUGGGCUUUGUCCCCAACACACUCCAGUCAAGAGAAUAAGCAAUUGUGUCGUUGGCUUGGACCCAGUUUUAACAUUGGCGGAUCUCUGUGUUUUGCAUGUGCCACUUCUCGUGGAAAAGUUUUACAGCGUUCAAGUGUGAUUCCUCUCUCCAGAGAAGAGCGGGAUAGUACAGAUAUCAAAGAUCUGAAAAAGCGUUUUACCGAAGACUUGCAUAACUGUUUGAAAAACUCUGACCCCAUCAAGAUUGAUGAUUUACAGGAUCCUUCGGGUGCUUACAAAGCUGAUGAAAAGUAUAUCAGACCUCUGCACACGAAUGCUAACACUCCGCACUUUGAACAAUAUGAAGAUGAUGAAAUGUUGCAGCAUGAAGAGCUUUUUGAGGAAGCCCCAUCUGAAGAAGAUGAUCAGGUGGAAUUUGACAAAUAUGUUGGUGUUAAGAUCCGGAAGAAUGAAAAUGGUAUUGACAAAUUUGGAGUUGUUCGCGGAAGAAAAAGAAGAGCAGAUGGCUCGAUGGUUGGUUCGUAUCAUGAGAAGCCUGUCUUGGACACUUCUAUUUAUGAAAUCGAAUGGCAUGACGGUGAAACUGAAUCCUAUCGUGCAAACGAAGUUAUUGAAGCAAUGAUGAUGAAUGUUGACGAUGACGGUAAUAGUAUCCUCCAUGUAAAAGAAUUUAUUGACCAAAGGACAGAUGGCACACGAGUCCAUGCUGAUGAUGGUUUUGUCAUGGUAAAGAAUAAGAAAGUUCCUCGAAGAACUACAAAAGGGUGGUAUCUGUGUGCUCAAAUUCAUGGUGAUGAGACAGAAUGGAUUGAUUUGAAAACUGCAAAGGAGGCCUAUCCAAUUCAGGUGGCCAAAUAUGCUGUUGCUAACAAACUUGUAUCUGAGCCUGCUUUCUCUUGCAAUCAUUGGGGAAAUGCUAUUGAAAAGGAAGAUAAAACUGUGUUGCCUGCUUUAAGAAUCUUGGGACCAAAUGAACCUGUUCCCCCUGGAUAUACUUGUAUUGACUUGAUGACUGUCUUUGAUGUCAAGAUGGACCUCACACAAAAGGCCCGGAUAUGUGCUCGAGGGGACCAAACUGAUCCUCCUCUUUCCGUCACGUAUGCCAGUGUUGUCACUCAUGAGAGUAUUUGUAUUGGAUUCUUGCUUGCUUCGUUAAAUGGUUUGGAAAUUUUGUCUGCUGACAUUGCUGGAGCGUAUUUGAACACGCCUUGUGCUGAGAAGAUUUACACAGUACUUGGACCCGAGUUCGGAGACCUUGAGGGUCGCACUGCUGUUGUGGAGAAAGCACUCUAUGGAUUAAAAUCUUCCGGGUUCUCAUGGAGAUCUACGCUUUCUAAGACUCUGAGAGAAGAAAUGGAGUUCGAACAGUGUCGUGGUGAUAUGGAUGUUUGGAGAAAACCUGCCUUGAAGUCAAACGGCGAAAAAUAUUACGAAUAUAUUUUCGUUUACACCGAUGACCUUAUGGCUGUUUCUGAAAAUCCUCGUGCUAUAUUGGAGAAGCUUGGAACGCAUUACAUGCUCAAGCCUGAUUCAAUUGCAGAGCCUACAACAUUCCUUGGUGCAACAAUUUCAAAACGUUUUGUUGACCCAAGUGAUUCUCGAAAAUGCUGGUCGAUUGGUUCGACUAACUAUUUGCUUGAAGCGUUACGUGUCGUUAAGUCUCGAAUCUCACAUCAAAAAUACAACUUGAAUUUGAAAAGAAACGUGUCUGCUGCCUUACCUUCUGGUUAUAAGCCUGAGCUUGACAACACUGAUUUUGUUGACGCAGAGACACACACACUGUAUAUGCAACUGAUUGGAAUCUUACGGUGGCUAGUUGAGCUUGGAAGACUGGACGUUUGUGCUGAAGUCUCAAUGAUGUCUUCGUACAAUGCCAUGCCUCGUGUUGGACAUUUUCAUGCGGUGUUACACCUUUUUGGUUAUCUUGAAACACAUCCGAGCCGCGAGAUUGUCAUGGAUUCCGCAUAUAUAUGGCUCUGA